AUGGACCUGAUGAGCUCACGAUUUAAAUCCUUCGGCUUCAAACGCAAUAAGAACAAUAGCGGCGUCUCCGUCUCCGCUACCCAGGUCGCCAGUCCCAGCCCGUCCACCCACACUCUCGUCGCCCCGCCUUCAACCGCCACUUCCCCCAGCUCUCCGCCUUCUGGCCAUAGUUCCUCUUCGACCAGUCUCCCCAUGAACAAUCAGAAUACGUUGGGUCGCCCUCCGAGUUAUACUUACAACACCGCGGGGCGGCCAACCAGCCCCAUGCCGCCCGGUCAACAGUUGGCUCAUCACCCGCCCCCGCUGAACACCAACGUGCAGUACGGGCACCAGCCUGUUCAGCCCAUGGGCGCUCCGCCUGGAUAUCCGUUGCAGCAACCUGUUCCACAUGGAAUCCCUCCUUCGUUGCCGCAGCCCCAGUAUAACGUACGGAACCCCGCAGUCGAGGUCGAGGGUGCUGGUCGGAGCAAGGCACAACUGAUCGUUGGUAUUGACUUUGGUACAACAUUCUCGGGUGUCGCUUUCGCAUUUGCGACCAACAAUGAGGCUCGGGAGGAUAUCAUUACAGAAUGGCCCGGAGCAGGAACGCAUACCAAGCAAAAGAUUCCCACCGUCUUGUACUACGAUCAAUAUCAGAAGGUGGUAGGCUGGGGCCCGGAUAUUGCGGAGGCUCUGGCACCCACUGGUUACCCGAAGCCCGGCGUGCAAAAGGUCGAAUGGUUCAAAUUACAGCUCAUGCUCUCCGGCAAUACUUAUAUCGAUCCCAUCAACCUUCCACCUCUUCCUCCCGGCAAAUCGGAGAUCGAUGUUGCAGCCGAUUACCUCUUUAAGUUGCGACAAGCGAUGCGGGCGCAAUUACAGAAGACCCUAGGUGAGGUGUUUACUCGAGAAGAGCGCAAUAUCCGAUACUAUCUCACCGUGCCUGCGAUCUGGAAUGAUGCUGGGAAGGCAGCAACCAGGGCGGCGGCCCUGCAGGCUGGAUUUCUGCGCGAUGAGAACGAUAACCGCCUGACGUUGAUCUCGGAGCCCGAGGCUGCCGCACUGUUCUGCGCGAAGACCGGUCUACUUCAGCUCAAGGUCGGGGAUGCGAUUCUGAUCGUUGACUGCGGUGGAGGAACAGUGGAUCUGAUCGCGUACGAGGUCGAAGAGGAGCAGCCAUUCAGCGUGGCUGAGUGUACGGCGGGAUCGGGAGAUUCGUGCGGUUCGACGGCUCUGAACCGGAAUUUCAGCAACAUCCUGCGGGCCAAGAUUCGCAAGAUGAAGUUGCCCGACGGUUCGAGAACCGCGGGAAAGGUGUAUGCAAAGUGCAUUAUGGACUUUGAGAACCGGAUCAAGGCCGAUUUCCGCAACAAUGGCCAGAAGUGGGCCGUGGAUGUUGGUAUCGAAGCAGACUUUCCCGAGGCUGGCAUCGAAGAGGGGUACAUGACGUUUACCAAUGAGGAAAUCCUUCAAUGUUUCGAGCCUGUCGUCAACCGUAUUCUCGAGUUGGUUCGGAAUCAGAUCAUCGCGAUUCAAGCGCAGAAUCGAUCGCUCCAGAACGUUCUCGUGGUCGGCGGAUUCGGUGCCUCUGAAUAUCUGUUCCAGCAGAUCAAGCUCCAUGUACCGCCGCAGUAUCAGUCCAAGGUGGUGCGACCCAUGGACUCUGUUGCCGCGAUUGUCAAAGGAGCCGUGACCGCCGGUAUCACAGAACGAGUGAUCACCCACCGAGUGGCGCGUCGGCACUACCUCAUGGCCACUCUCCAACCGUUCAAGGAAGGCUAUCACCCGGAACAAUACCGUGUUCCCAGUUUGGACGGUAGAGACCGGUGCAAGUACACACGGCAGAUCUUUGUACAAAAGGGCGAGCGAGUCAAGAUCGGCGAACCGGUCAAGGUCAGCUUUUUCCGACAGGUGGCACCGGGAGCAACACUGAUGUACGAGGAUAUCCUGUACGCUUGUGACGAGGAUGUCUGUCCAGAGUACACCAAGGAUCCGCGCAUCAAAGAGGUUGUGACCCUGACGUCGGACCUGUCACGCAAGAAUCUCGAGACCGACUUUGAGCGCAUGGACACUCCGCAGGGCACAUUCUACCGGGUAUACUUUGACAUCUACCUGACGCUCGACGGUAGCGAGUUCAGUGCCGAACUGGUUUGCCAGGGUGAGGUCAUGGGCCGAUGCCGAGCCAAAUUCCGGUAA